GAGGCAAACGGCAGUGGCGUCAUGGAGCGGGGCGGGGGCGGCGGCUAUGGAGGGGGUUCUGAGCUCCAUGUCUGCUCACAGGGUCCCUCAGGCGGUGAGGAGGAUCAGGAGAAGAGAGUUAAAGCUAAAGAGGUCCAGCAGCUGGAUGGAGGCUGCACCGCCUGUCCUGAUGGCAGCAAGGAAGAAGGAGGGGAGCUCAGGUGUUCCCCAGUUGGAUGGGGGGGGAAAGAGAAGGCGAUCUGUGUAAAAGAGGAUGGAGAAAAAUGUGGCGGAGAAGAGCAGGAAGAUGUGGUGGUGGUGGAGAUCAGGGGCGGCGUGAAGGAGCCAUGUGCAGGAGUGAAGGUGGAUGUGGAUGAGGACGGUGCUGCAGGAAGGGCCUCGUGUGGACCCGCACACAUCAGCAGUGAUGGCGGCAUGGCACAGCCCAAAGAAGGGCUGGGGGUCCUCCCUGAAGACCUGAAGAUCCCCCUGGUGCUUCGGCCUUUGCCUCCUGGUGCCCGUAUACAAGUGCAAGGCCCUUUGCUGCCAAAGCUGAUCCAGGUGUCUAAGGGACCUGUGAGCCAAGUGCCUCUUAAAAUGCAAUCCCUGCUGGAGCCGUCUGUAAAAAUUGAAACUAAAAACGUGCCCCUCACUGUACUGCCCUCCGAUUCAGGUAUGCCAGAUACUCCAUUCAGCAAGGACAAAACUGGCCAUGUAAAGCGUCCGAUGAAUGCGUUCAUGGUGUGGGCUAGGAUUCACCGACCUGCCCUGGCUAAAGCCAACCCCAAUGCCAAUAAUGCAGAAAUCAGUGUUCAGCUGGGGUUGGAGUGGAGCAAACUGACUGAAGAGCAGAAACAGCCCUAUUACGAUGAAGCUCGGAAAAUAAAACAAAGGCACAGAGAGGAAUUUCCUGGUUGGGUUUAUCAGCCACGACCAGGCAAGAGGAAGCGUUAUCCACUGGCUGUCUCUGCUGUAUUUUCCAGCACCACCCAGAAUAUCAUCACUACAAAUCCAGUUGCUGUUUAUCCCUUUCCAUCGCCUGCAUUCCCUGCUGCCAUGCACAAUAUUCAGAAAAAUAUUGGACAUCCAGUCUGUGAAGCUCCUUCUGCCACCCGGCUGCCAGCUUCCUCUAUUCAGCGUCCAACUCCAAUUAAUCUUUUCCGACCUGCUUCUGCAAGCACCACUCCAGUGGCAGUUCCAACUCCAACCCUGCCUCUGCGCCCUAUAAUUGCAUCACAGCACUUUGCUGAUCCUACUCAGAGGGAAGCUCGUGAUGUAUCUCCUGGAUCCUAUUGCUUUCUGAAGAGAUCAACACCAGUUGUUGUUGAUCUCUCCAGUAGAAGCUCAAGCACCUCAACAAACGCUAGUGACAGAUUUUCUGUCCCUAAUAGCGAAUUCCCAAAGGAGUACUCAGGGAUUUCUCCUUAUCCUAGAGGUGUACUUCUUCCCCAGGUUACCCCACUUCCUCAUUCGCAUCUCUGUGAGAGUCCUCCCAUUGGGCAAGCAGCCAGUCUGUAUGGAGUACCUCCUCAGUUUUCAUUUUAUCACCCCUACUUCGUUCCUGGACCUCACUAUUUCCCUUCAAGCACGUGCCCAUUCAGCCGUCCCCCGUUUGGCUGUGGGAAUUUCUCCAGCUCAGUGCCUGAAUGCCUUGGCUUCUAUGGAGAUGGCUACCAAAAGCAGGAGAUGAAGUUUUCACCUCUGGACAGAGAUUGCUCUUUCAGGGGACACCCAGGGGGAAUCCUACGUGAAGACUCUCGUGUCUUCACACACCUCGAAGAAGUGACCUCUCAAAGCAGCCACAGUGAGGAGGGUUACAUAAGCCCCAUAUCACAACUAGAUGCUGGAGCACUUGAGAAUGAUUUGCCAGCCACCCCACCUUCUCCUUCCAGCAUCCAGCUAGUCAAUGUGACUGACAGUGAGGACGAAGAAGAAAAGAAGGUGUUGCAAGAGCUGUAAUUUUUUAAACCAAUUGAUAAUCCAAGAAAUUGUUAUAGAAGAGGAAAUAAACAUUUUCCUCGCUACCAUC